AUGGAGAGACCAUCUUUCUUGGACCAAGAACCGCCGGUAGAUUACGUGCCAGGUAUUGGUCGUGGUGCUACUGGAUUUUCAACUAAAGAAAAGAACACACUUGAUGAUGGGGGCAGAAGAAUACCAAAGCGAUACCGUGAAGAUUCUAACUCUAACUAUCAAAGUCAAACUGAAUACAACGAAGAUGAAGAAGCGGCAAAAGUAUUUAAGACUCUUGACUUAAAAUUAGCACAAAAGAAAAAGAAGCGAACCAAUGAUAAUAGCGAUCACAAUGCAGCAGGUACAUCCAUCGUGAAGGCGCAAUUUGCAGAUCUAAAAGAAACAUUAGGUGCUGUGACAGAGGAUGAAUGGAUGAAUAUUCCAGAUGCCACAGAUUUUACAAGACGGAACAAGAGAAAUAGAAUACAAGAGCAACUAAACAGAAAAACUUACGCUGCACCUGAUUCACUAAUGCCUGGAAACGUCGAUUUGAAUAAAUUAACCGAAGAACGUGAGAAACUGCUGCAAUCUCAAAUAGAUGCAAAUAUUGCAGAGCUGACAAGGAACACGACGAGUCGCAUACAGGUAGAUAAAUCAGGCGCUGCCACUGAUGUUCUAAGCUACUUGAAGGAUUUAGAAAACGAUAGAGCAAAUUCUCUUUCAGAUACAGCAUUAGAAGAUUUACAGAAAAUGCGGACAGUCUUGAGAUCAUACAGACAGGCAGAUCCAACAAAUCCACAGGGUUGGAUAGCUUCCGCCAGAUUAGAAGAAAAGGCGAAGAAGUUUUCAGCAGCAAAAAAACUAAUAGAAAAUGGCUGUCAAGAUUGCCCCAAGAAUUCCGACGUAUGGCUGGAAAACAUUAGGCUACACGAAUCUGAUAUUCAUCAUUGCAAAAUAUUAGUGGCAACAGCGAUAAAAUUCAAUCCAGCCUCUCCUUUGCUCUGGUUAAAGGCGGUUGAUUUAGAGAGUACUACAAUUAACAAGUAUAGGGUAGUGAGAAAAGCACUGCAAGAAAUUCCUCGCGAUGAACGCUUAUGGAAACUGGCUGUUAGUUUUGAAACUGACAAAACCCAGGCAAUAAGAAUGCUAGAAAAGGCCACCCGGUUUAUUCCACAGAGUAUGAGUCUAUUAGCCGCUUACAUCAACCUACAAGAUUAUCAUGAUGCCAAGAUGGCUUUAAAUUCCAGCAGAAAAGUUCUACCGCAAGAGCCAGAAAUUUGGAUUUUGGCUGCACUCUUGGAAGAACGUAAUGAUCCAGAUGUAGCAGUACAUAUGCUUGUCAAUUUACUCAAGGAGGGUUUAUUAGAACUUUCGAAAAAAGGUUGCAAAAUAACUCUAUCCGCAUGGUUUAAUCGAGCAGAAACUUUAAGUGAUACACCAAACGCAAAAUCAACCUGUCAAGCUAUUAUCUACGCCGUGUUAGAAUCGUUAAAAGAAAAUGCCGAGCACGAUUCUGAAUUGUAUAAUAUUGAUGAAACAGUGGAAAAGAUGCAAAAUUCGGUGGUAAAAUUCAUCAUUUUAAAAAAGCUUAUUCAGUGGAGUCCCUGCGAUAUGGUUCUUUGGUCCAAACUGAAAACAGUCGCUGAAGAACAUCAUAAGAUUGAAGAACUACUAGCGUUCUUUCAAGAGCUACUAUUUUGUCCCAAGAGUGAUGAUACGCGGACAAUCAUUAAGGAGAAAAGCCCCUGUUUGUUUAUGAUGUAUGCUAACGAAUAUUGGAAGGCGCACAAAGGAAACACUAGACAAACAUUAAAUGUAAUUGACCAAAUUAUAGGUCUUGUGCCGUACAGCUUAGACGUACGGUUUUUCAAGAUAAAGUUGUUGGGGCAAUCAUCACAAUUCGAUGAAUUGCGAGAAUUCUUCCAUCAAACUUUCAUAAUCUUCAGAGACUCUAAGAUAAAUGGCAUAGAACACUUGUAUUAUAAAUAUGUUGAUUUUCUUCGGUAUCAAGAUUUGAAUAAACAUGCCAUAGAAUUUUUGAACGAGAAGUGUCUAAAAAAAUUUCCCAAUUGCCCCAAAUUCUUCUUACAAUUAGGACAAAUUUACCACUCCAUCAAUGACAUCGAGAUGAGUAGACAAAUUUACCUAUCAGGUACGAAGAUAGUGUCCGAUUGCGCCUCAAUAUGGAUUUCGCUAUCAAAGAUUGAUGAAAUUGAUUCAAAAAAUUCAAUAAGAGCAAGAUCCAUUUUAGAUAGAGGAUUAUUGAAGAAUCGUAAUAACGUAUCAUUCUACAUUGCUAAAGUCCAAAUGGAGAUAAGACUGGGUAAUUUAGACCAAGCGACGUUACUAGCAACGCAGGCAUUACAAAAAUUCUCAAAUAAUGCUUUACUUUGGGUGGAACAAAUCAAAUUAUUAAAUUAUGGGAACACUAGUUCAUCAAAAAAAAUAAUCUUUCAAGAUGCUUUGAAAAGGACCCAAAAUGACUACAGAAUCCUUUUGGAAAUUGGAAUAUCCUUCUAUAGAGAAACUCAAUAUCAAACAUCACUAAAAUGGCUCGAAAGAGCGCUGAAGAAAUCCCCAGAAUACGGGGAUACAUGGGUCUGGUUAUUUAGGACAUAUGCAAAGUUAGAAAAGGAUCCCGCUGAUCUUCAUGAGUUGUUCGACCAAUAUGAGCCAAUUUACGGACCUGAAUGGACAGCCGUUGCUAAGAAUGUCAAAAUGCAAUACUGUACAAAAAGAGAAAUCUUAUUGCAUAUAAUGGACAAGAAAAUAGAUUGGUGUUUUUGA